CUCCAACUUUAUAGGAGAUUAGUAAAAGAUUAGCUUUGUCCUGAUCUUCUCUUAAUUAAUUAAAGAUUUCUCCAAUUUGUUUUUGGGAAUUUUCAAGAAUUUUGGAAUUUGUAAGGAAAUGGAAUAUUAUGGGUUUAAUCAACAAUGGCCUAUUAGCUCAUAUGAUGAGCUAAGUGCAAUAUCUAUAGCAACUUCAUUUGGUCAUGAGAAUAAUUUGCAUGAAUCAUUCAUGUCUCAUGAUCAGCCACUAUUAGGCCAUAAAAGGCCUAUAGAAUUGUCCCAAAUUGUUGAAGAAAGGCCACUAAAGAAUUCCAAAACAGGUCACAACUGGAAUAACAAUAUUGAAAAUGACCAAAUAUUGAGCUCACAAUCUGUGGUUUCUCCCAAUUAUUCCCAUUUGAUGAACUCAUCAAAUAAUUACACUAACCAACAAGUUGUGACAAUGAAGCCCAAAGAGGAAACAACUAAUUUGUCAUCAAGCAGUAUAUCUUUUGCAGCUGAUCAUUGUCAUAACAAUAUGGUUUGUCAUCAAGAUUCUUUUGCUAAUCAGAAUUAUAUGAUGUUUAAGGCUGCUAAUAAUUCAUGUCAAGGUUCUAAUAAGAGUGUUAGCACUAAUGGAAAAUUAACACAAGCUCAAGAUCAUAUCAUUGCUGAGAGGAAAAGACGCGAAAAACUUAGCCAAAGAUUCAUUGCUUUAUCUGCUCUGAUUCCUGGACUCAAAAAGAUGGACAAGGCUUCAGUUCUUGGAGAUGCAAUAAAAUACUUGAAACAACUUCAAGAGAAAGUGAAGACACUUGAGGAGCAAACAAAGAAAAAAUCAGUGGAAUCUGUUGUAUUUGUCAAGAAAUAUGAACUUUAUGGAGAUGGUGAAAAUUCUUCUUCAGAUGAAAACUACUCAAGUGGUACUGUACCAGUUGAUGAGGCACUCCCAGAAAUUGAAGCAAGAAUAUCUGAAAAAGAUGUAUUAAUUAGAAUCCACUGUGAAAAAAGGAAAGGAAUUGUUGAGAAAACAGUUGCUGAGAUUGAGAAACUUCAUCUAUCAGUCAUUAAUACAUGUGCUUUGUCUUUUGGAUCAUCUGCUCUUGACAUUACCAUAAUUGCUCAGAUGGAUGAGGAAUUUACAAUGACAGUAAAGGAUCUUGUCAAGAAUUUGCGCUCAGCUCUCAAAAUGUUUAUGUGAAGGGUGUGAUCGAUUGACCAACUUAUCGUAAUUUCUUUUAGAGUGUUUGAUACAACGAAAGUCAUUUUACCGUUCUCUUUUUCCAGUUCCAUAAUUGGAUGUUUAGGCUUGUGAGGUCAAAUUCACCCUUUUUUUCAAAACCAAGUCCUUUGAAGCUUGUUUGCCGUGGGGUUAAUUAAGUCAUUUUGUAGGGAGGAUUUUUUUUUUUUAACCUCUCAUUUUUGCAUGGUUAAAUUUAUUAAUUAACCAUGUUCAAUUUAUCCACCUAUUGCAAAGAUAUAGUUGACCCCAUGGCUUAGGUAUUUUUUUUCUCUUUAUUGUAAAUAUUUUUCCAUGAGGAAGGUUGAGAAAUUCAACGUAUACCAAGUGGUUAGAGAAAAGGGACAAUACAAGGUUUUUUUUUUUAGGGGUGAAAUUAGGCAUCAAGCUUUGUAUCAUUAGUUUGCUUUAAUUUGUCAAUGUUUUAGACAUCCUCUUGAAAUUAUCUUUUAAUUUGGAGGGUCUCUUUUGUUGUUAUGUAAUCUCACUUUGGUUUAUUAUAUGGAAUAAAACCA